AUGACGAUGAAAAAGGUAAAUAUAAAGGGUAUCAGAGUUACUUCACAAAGCCACCGCAGUGAGAACGCGGCUCAAGGUGAAAACGAGAGUGAUAGAGUUUCCGUGUCUCAUCACCAACAUUAUUAUUGCAGUGGUCGACUCGUACAUUGUCAUCAUCACCCGAACCCACGGCAGCAGUCGACGGCCGCCUGUCCCGACAACUUGCAGACUCCACAUUCUGCUGGGCAGAUCAGAGUCGCGGUAAGAAAUGACUUACAGAAUCCAGUUUAUCAAAACAGCUCUGCGAGUAAUAUUCUGAUUUCCGAGGAGGUGGGCCAUAGGAAGAAGGAGAAGAUGGGACUAUUUCGAAAUUUGCGAAGGAGGUUUUCCUCUUUAUCGAUGAAAAAAUCUGAUAAUGAUGAGUGUAAUGGGCAUAUAAGAGAGUGCCAUUCAGCAAAUAUUACACCGAACUUGACUAAUUCAAGAUUAAAGGAGAGAAAUCGGCAGCCCAGCGAUGGAGAGUCGUGGGCGAGUUCGGUAUCGCACAGUUGUGAUAAUUUGAGCUUUCGACAUAAAAAUUAUAUGUCGCCUAAAUUUAGUGAAUGGCAUUCCAAUACAGACCAUUUGGAAGUUUCGAAGGAUAAACCUGGUUAUCUGUCAAAAGACAUAUCUAGAUUCAAUCCUGCUUCUUCACUUCAAUGUGAUGAUAGUGCUUUUGAAGACAAUGUGUCAGAUAGUGCAGAUGUAACUAUCAAUUCUAACAAGGAUGAUGAUAAAAACUUGCGUUCUGAUCCUAUGUUUGACUUGGCAGACUGUGUGGAAUAUGAUCCUGUGAAAGAGCAGACAAAAAUCUGGAGUCCUAAAGUCUGGAGUCUUACGCAAGAACUGUUUCGAUUGUCCAAAUUUGGUUGGUACUGGGGACCAAUCACACGAAACGAAGCUGAAGAUAAAUUAACAAAUCAGCCAGAUGGAGCUUUUCUUGUUCGAGACAGCUCAGAUGAGAGAUAUCUACUUAGCCUGUCAUUUCGUUCUUACGGCCGCACAUUACAUACUCGUAUAGAACACUGUAACGGAAUGUUUAGUUUUUAUGCACAACCAGAUACUGAAGGAUAUCCAUCGAUCGUCGAUUUGAUUGAACACUCAAUGAAUGACUCACACACUGGCAUUUUUUACUACUCUCGAUCACGAUCGCCAGGUGCUCCACAGUACCCAGUUCGUUUAACGAAGCCUGUCUCCAGAUUUACCCAAGUUCGAUCUUUACAAUAUUUGUGUCGUUUUGUUAUUCGGCAAUAUACUCGAUAUGAUCAUAUUCAGCAGUUACCAUUACCAACAACUCUCAAGGGAUGGAUUGAGGAAAAUCAGUACUGA